AUGAAGUCAGAAACACAUCCCAAAAACUAUACAAACUACAAUUACAAAAUACCUAGGAGCACUCUCUUUAUCUCUUGUGUGCUUACAUUGCUAAUCUACUCCUUAUCAACAAUUUAUCAGUCUCGCGGUUUGGGGUUGCCCCCAUUAUCGUUUAUAAAUCAGAUUCCGGAAAAUUUGUCCAGAUCUGAUCCAUAUUUGACUUUGCACAUUGAUAUUACUGAUGACCCAUUAUCAGACAAAAUAGGACAGCCAGAUUUAAACCCGUCGCCUGAACAUUUACAUGUGGGUAACAAAGCAAUGGUAGCAAGCGAUGUCCCCUUGUGCUCUACCAUGGGAAAAGAUAUAUUGCUUCGAGGUGGGAAUGCUGCUGAUGCUGCUGUUACUGUUGCGUUAUGUAUUGGCUCAGUCAAUUCACACAGUUCUGGGAUCGGUGGCGGAGGAUUCAUAGUGAGCAGAAAUAACGGUGAUGCAGUUAGUAUCGAUGCCCGUGAAAUGGCUCCAGGGUCGGCAUUCAAAGAGAUGUAUGGAAACCUGCUAGUUUUGUCCAAAAUUGGAGGGUUGAGCAUUGCUGUUCCUGGAGAAUUAAAAGGCUUGUAUGAACUAUUUAGGUUGCACGGAUCUGGCAAUUUGAGUUGGAAGCAAUUAUUUGAACCAGUGAUCGAAUUGAACAGGAACGGGUUCAAGUGUCUGAAAAUAUUUGAAACUGUUUUGGCUAAAGAGUACGACUUGGUCCUACUGAGGGUACCUGUAUUGAAAGACUCGUGGGAUUUUAUAUUUAAACCCAAUGGAGGAUUACUUAAGGAAGGCGAUUUAAUAACUAGACCAAAUUACGCAAAAACAUUAGAAUUAAUUGCCAAUAACGGAAGCAGUAGUAUAUUUUAUGAUCCCAACGGUCCAAUAGUGCAGUCCUUAGUUUCCACUAUUCAAAAAUGGGGAGGAAUUGUCACUACAGAGGAUUUUUCAAAUUAUAAGGUAAAUUUAGAAAAGCCACUAGUUUCUACCAUCAAGAAUCACACUUUCUAUACCAGCAACGGAAUUUCAUCUGGGCUAGGAUUAUUGGCUGGUUUGAAUUUUUUUGAUCGAGUUUUCAACGAAUCCGACGAUGAUACCCUUUUCACUCAUAAGUUAGUCGAGAGCUUCAAGUGGCUUAGUUCCAUUCGUACCAGAUUUGGAGACAUUGACAAAAGACAAGAUUUAAUAGACAAGUACACCGACUCCACUUGGAUAGAUGAAGUUUUAGAGACUAAAAAGUACUCAGACGAAACUACUUUUGAUUGGAAACAUUAUGACCCCAAAUACGAUAUUGCAGAGCCACAAGGGACAUCACAUUUUUCGGUUGUAGAUGAAAAUGACAAUUCAGUUGCAAUGACUACUACUGUGAACUUGCUAUUUGGAUCGAUGAUUUACGAUCGUGAAACAGGGAUCAUUUUGAACGAUGAAAUGGAUGAUUUUGCUUUACCAAAUGUGAGCAAUGCCUUCAAUUUAACUCCUUCUAUUUUCAACUUUAUCUAUCCGGGGAAAAGACCAUUGAGUUCUACUGCGCCCACAAUCAUCAUUAACGAUGCCAAUAAUGCCACAGAUUUUGUAAUCGGGGCCGCAGGAGGCAGUAGAAUAACUAGUGCCAUAUUACAAGCCAUUGUGAGGACCUAUUAUCGCAAAUAUGAUUUAUUAUCGACAAUAGCAUUUCCUCGUUUGCAUCAUCAAUUGAUUCCCGAAAGCAUCAUGAGCGAAAAUCUCACUAUAUGGGAUCAAGAACAUCCUGGAAUAACCAGUUCAAUGAAAAAGGUGGGUCACACAUUUUUGGAAACGGGAUCUUUAACAGCAAUGAAUGGGAUCAAAAGGACUAAAAAUGGCAAAUUACAUGGUGUAUCGGAUUGGUGGAGAAAAAGGGGGGAGCUGGAUGGUUAUUAG